AAAACAUGCGCACGUACAGCCACAGGACCCGAACCUCGAACGCGAGUUUGCGGAUGAAUAGCUUGUUGUUUUUGGAUUAUUAGGAAGGUGUUUUGUCAUUUUGCGACGGAUUUAAUGUUUGACUUAUAGCCCAGCCGACCUAUGCCCGCCCACGUAUAGAUUAAGCCGGCUCCCAGUACACAGAGGACGGGGAUGAAGGCCAAGAAGAAGAAGAGACAGGACGACUUCCAGAAAGUUAAGCUCAAGGUGGGGAAGAAGAAGCCCAAAGCUGUCAAUGCCACCACCACCAACUUCCGCACCAAGGGCAUCCACCUGUCCGAACAACUCAAGAGAGACACGAGUGGCCCCAAGACAAACAGACAGCUUGGCAUCAAUGACCUCCUGUCCCAGCUCCACCAUUACAGUGGCAAUGUGAAACAGAGUGCCUUGGUGGGUUUAAGGGAGCUGCUGUCCCUCAGCCCCUCCUUGUUAGAGCAGCAUCUCUCCCGCCUCCUCUCUGAAGUGGCAGCGGUCUUCACAGACAAGGAUGCCAGUGUUCGCAUGGGCGCCGCACGUCUGCUUAGGUACAUUGCCCAAUGUGUGCCAGCAGAUCGCGCGGCUCCCUUUUUCCCCCUUCUCAGUGCCCACCUGUCCUGUGCCAUGACACACAUUGAGACAGGCAUCCAGGAGGAUGCCAUGAAGAUCCUAGAUGUGUUGCUGGAGCACUACCCUGCCUUGCUAGCAGCACGGCCUUCUGUCCUACUAACCAACUUCCUGGAGUUAAUCUCCCACAGACGUGCCGGGGGAGGAGCCAAACCUCAGGAAAGCAAGGCUCGGAGCUGGGCCUUAUCAGUCAAUCCAAACAGAGCUGUGACUAGCCAGCAGUGGCGACUCACUGUGCUCCUCAGGCUUGGGCGCUUUCUUCAGGCAGUAGUUGAGGAGAGACCAGCAGAGGAAGGGGAUGUAUCUUUCCUAAGGGAAGGAGUGUUUGAUUCCAGUGGGGAAGGAGGGCUUACGCCUCUGGAUCUCAACUGGGAAGAGCUCACUUACAGCAAGACUGGAGUCAAGGUGUACGAAAAUUCUGGGGCGAAACCCACUCCCCACUCAGCCUACAAACUCAGACCGGAGGUGGACCCUGGGUCUGGCAUGGGUGAGGGCCUUGGUUCAGCUGAGGCAGUCCAGGGCUUUGCUACCACGUUGGUGCCCCUUCUCCUAGAGGUAUGGGUGGAGGCCAGCGCCAACGACUGCCCCUGGAACAGCACAGAGGGGGCCCACCUGCUUACGCCAGACGCCAUGUCGGUUAUGUUCCAGGUCCUAUCCAUACUGCAGCUGCUGAGGAAGCUUGCGCCACAGAAGGAGCAUCAGAGUACACUGGAUGCAUGGUUUCGUAACGAGUACCUUGGAGAUUUUAAACAACACUUCAUGAAGAACUUUCCCUACGGCACGCAGGACACGCCCAAACAGAGGAAGAAGCUUGACCUCAAGAGGAUGAAGCAGGCAGCAGUGGUCCCGGGACAGACGUUGGAGCCUCUAGGCCUGAACAUCACACUGUGUCAGGUCAUGGUGUCCCUCACCCAGAGGGAGGGGCUUGGCCAGGAGACUGACGCUGAUUGGCUGGUUCCCUUGAGGUCAUUUGUCAGGGACACGCUGGCCAGGGGCGUGAAGCUCAGCUACAGACAGCUCCACAUGCUGCUGGACACCGUGUGGAGAAUGGUGCUUACACAGAGGAGCAAAACAGUGACAGAGGACCUGUUAGCAGCGGUGUACGCCUACUACCAGCAGAGGAGUCUUACCCUGCAGACCAGAUCUCUACUGCUGUCCUUCUACAGCCAGCUCUACUCACAGGAGAAAGGACACACACACAUUGCCAGGAGUAAGAUGCUGUGUCGAUGGCUGGCAACUCUCCCGGUCCAGUUGUCCCAGCUGGGCCACCGUUACCCGGCUCUUUCCACCAGGCUCAUCCUCUCCAUUCAGGCCGCCGCUUCUCGUGGCAACAAGGACCUGCUUAACAGUCUGCAGACGCACGCCUGCAGACUCUAUGAUCCCCAGGAAGGCGUUGUGGUGCUGCUGCCAGCUGAAUCUCAGCAGCGACUUGUGCAACUGCUCUACUUCCUGCCAAAAAUGUCCCAGCCUCUUCUGGCCAACCUGAGCCGCUGUUGCACCACCGGCCGGAUCUCAGCCAGCCUGGCUGCCUCCCUCAUCCGCAUCGUACACCUUAGGUCGUCCCUGACCGGCUGGUCUGUUGGCAGCCAGGAAACGGCCCUGCAGGAAGUGGACUACAUCAGCUUCCUGUUCUCCACCCUGGUCGGGUUCUCCUCCGACGAGCUGGCCACCUUGCAGGAGGCUGGAGACGAGAGCGCCCUCCCGCCCUCGCCCCUCUCCCCCCUCAGCCUCUACCCCACCCCGCUGGAGCAGUUCACACACCACUGGGACGUGGUGGAGGAGGUCUGCCACUGUCUGGAGAUUAUGGGCUCACAGUCUCAGUGCUUUGACAUUCUGCAGAAUGGCAUUUCCAAAUUCCUGACCCGGUUGGGGGUGGUGCCAGACAGCAUGGCGGCAGGGCUGCUUAGGGCGGUGUCACGACUCCUGGACCUGUCCGUCCUGCCCAGUGAGCCGGUGUUGCGGUUCCUGUCCCAGUGCUGCCUCAGCCUGCUGGCACUGCUCAUAGCCCUGCAGCAAGAGGCCCCCACUGAGACCAACCACAAGAGGGAGGCGCUAUGGGGCGCGUGUUUUUCGGCCCUGAGCACGGUUCCCCGGCUGCUGCGGAUGGUCCUGCAGUCUUUGCGCGUCGGAGACCUGUGUGAGGAGGACUUACCGCAGCUGGGACAGAUGCUGUCGAUGCUCCUGCAGCACACGCCCCUCCGCAACCACCUGCUGGCCAACGGGCCGCUGCUUCAACACGUUAUACAGGACCUCACGAAUUACUACCAUGGUGAAGCCAGGGAGCAGUGGCUGACAGACCUGCUGUACUGCUACAGCGUCACCGUGGCUCACAGCUCCUCCAACUACCACGGCGGCCUGGAGCUCCGGGACAUGUACUGACUGACCACGGCCAGCCGAACCCGCCCGCCAACACCCAAACAUCAGCCCGGGCAAAGGACGCCGACGGGGCUGAACUGUAAAAACGUGUGUACACAAAUAGAACACUUAAGACAGAAACACAGAGGUUUGUGUAUUUCUGUUUUGUAAGUGUGAAUGAUCUCGUUUCAUUUUCAGCCUGAUCGUCGUUUGCUUUUUUAAAUGUGAGCGUGGUUAUUCCUGUACCCCUGCUUUCCCCUACUCGGUGACAUUUUUGAUAAGGAAAAUAAA